UUUGACAACUGAUAGCUGGACCUCCAGGGCAACUGAAAGCUACUUGACAGUUACUGCACAUUAUAUUUCGGACUGGCAAUUGGAGAGCGCUGUGUUACAAACAUGCCCUCUUUUUGAAAACCACACAAGUAGUCAUUUGGCUGAUGCACUCAUGAGCGCAGUGACAGACUGGAAGUUAGAGAGGCCUAAUAUCACCAUUCCAGUCACUACAGAUAAUGCACGUAAUAUGGUGAAUGCCAUUAAAGAAGCAGCAGGACUAGGACCGCAAAUUGGAUGUUUUGCACAUAUUCUGAACCUUGCAGCAAAGAAGGCAGUAGCACUUCAACAGAUAAGCCGUCUGUUAGGUAAAGUCAGAAAAGUUGUAGCAUUUUUUCAUAAAAGCACAACAGCAGCUAAUGCCCUGAAAGUCAAGCAGGAGAUGUUGAAUAUACCUGCACACAAACUAAUACAUGACACCCCAACUCGCUGGAACACCAUUUAUGACAUGAUGGAGAGAUAUCUGGAGCAGCAGCCUGCCAUCUACUCUGCCCUGAUGGACAAAGAUAUUAAGAAGAACGUCAAGGACAUUGCUGUGUUGUCUGACAGUGAACUGACACUGGCAGAGGAAAUGAUUCAACUGCUUAAACCCCUUAAGACAACCACCACUCUCUUAAGCACAGAAACAGCUCCCUCUCUCUCAAUGGUCCUCCCUCUAAAGACAAUGAUACUAAAAUCAAUGGAUCCUGCAGAUCAUGACAGUCCUGCCAUAAAAGAUGCCAAGGCAGCCAUCAGUGAGGACUUAAAAAGCAGAUACACAGAUCCUGACCUUCAGGACUAUCUCAACAGAGCAUCAUUCCUUGAUCCAAGGUUUAAGUCUUUACCUAACCUGGAUGCAGCCUUGUGCUUAAAUGUUUGCAGUGGGGUCAUCAGGGAGAUCAUUGAACAACAGGGUCAGCCUGUUGCAGCAGAAGCUGGGCCAUCCGGAAGCCAGAAUCCCCCUGAAUCCCCACCCGUAAAGAAGUCUGCAAUGUCCGAGCUUUUUGGAGAUUUUUUUACAGCACCUGACAAGACAAAGACUUUUGACAACAUUGUAGAGGAGGAAGUAAUGUCAUACAAAGCAGAAGAUUCCAUUGACACCGAUGCAUAUCCACUCGCAUGGUGGGAGCUGCAUGAGAGCAAGUACCCUCAUGUUGCAAAACUUGCAAAACAAUACCUUUGUGUCUGUGCAACAUCAGUGCCAAGCGAGAGAGUGUUCUCCACUGCAGGAGACAUUGUUUCUGCAAGCAGAUCUCGACUUGCAACUGAAAAUGUUAACAAACUGAUCUUCUUGCAAAAAAACAUGAAGAUCUAA